UAGCUGAGGCAAACAUGCCUGAGGAGAAGGACGGGCAGCUCAGAGUCAUUUCCCAGCAUGUGAAGGAAAAGGACAAAGUUACGCAACAUGAUGCUUGCUCCUGUAACUGCCUGCAGAGGAAAGCCCAUAUAUGGUCAGACAGGUGUGCCGGCAGAUUAACAGCUGUGCAGAGCAGAGACACAGACACACAGUCUGUUAGAGACAGACAUAACGGACACAUACGGACACUCUGACAGACUUUAUCGUCCACGCUGCAGACGGCUUACGCCAGAGGAAGAAGAAGAAGAAGAAGAGAGAGGAGGAGGAUGCUGCAGAGGAGAGGACUGAUGGAUCACAGUGGGGACAGGAACAGGGCAGUGCUGGUGUCGGUGGCACAGUUUGACCACGGGGUGCAGCUGGGGAGGAGACCAGGAGCCCAGAGGGACACCAAGAGACUCCACCGCACCCUCAGCAAGCUGGGCUUCAAGGUGGACAUCCACAGCGACCUCAGCGGGGACGAGAUCUACGAGCUGUUCCUCAAAGAGAGCAGGCGGCCUGUGAAGGACUGUUUCCUGGCUGUCUUGUCGUCUCACGGGGACGAGGGCUGCGUGUUCGGAGCUGAUGGAAAACCCGUCCAACUGUCGCGUGUCUUCACAUAUUUUGACAAUGAAUACAUGGACAAGAAGACCAAAGUCUUCCUCAUACAGGCGUGUCGGGGAUCUGGUCUGGAUGAUGGCGUGGAGGUGGACUCAGCUGAUGACAUCACGGCGUGCAGUGUCUCCCAGCACCUCUCUGUUCCUAUAGACACAGCCGUGAUGUACGCCACGCCACCAGGUUACGGAGCGUUCAUGCACCCGCUGGGAUCCGUCUUCCUGAAGACGUUCUGCUCGUUACUAAAGGACGAAGACAAUCGUAACCUGGAGCUGACUCGCCUGAUGACCCGCCUCUCCCACAGCGUGGCCUACAACUUCCAGGCCACAGGUGGCGCUCUGGCCGGGAAGAAAGAGAUGCCGUGUCUCCUGACGCGACUGACCAGAGAAGUGUUCCCCUUCGCUGAGGCGGGGAAAGGCAGCGGGGCGGCAGCGGCGGCGGCAGGUCUCUCGGCCACCUCGCUGGUGGCCACUGAGAAGGUGUGGACACGGACUCCAUCCAUCAGUUAGACUGCAGCAGCAGAUUGAAGGGGACUGCAUUUGGACACAUGGAGACAAUCAGCUGAUGGACAUUUCUGUCCUCAGAAGAGACAAACCUGUUGGUCAUUUCCUCACGCUCUCUGACUUCCUGUAGGAAAGACGCCAUGGAGGAAAUGUCUGCUGAAGUCUUGUGGACAUAUUGUCCACUCCCUGGACUCUGUCAUAUAUUUCUAUGGAACACUUUAUUUAACAAACUGAAGUAAACAAACAAUAAAAAAUUCACAUCA